AUGACAAGAUCCAAUGCUGUUCAUUUGUUAUUCAUUCUCUUUGUCAUGUUUAUUUCAUCAAUAAUUGGGAUCUCUUUUGAAUCAGUUGAUGAACAAAGAAAGGUGCACAUCGUUUAUAUGGGAAGUCUUCCAAAAGGGGAGUACUUAGCUCGAGACCACCAUGUUAACUUGUUGCAAACAUUAGGCCAUAACAAAAUUACGGUGGAGAAUACAUUAAUAAGAAGUUAUACAAGAAGUUUUAAUGGCUUUGUUGCAAAUCUAAACUCACACGAAGUAUCAAAACUUAAAACCAUGAAAGGUGUUGUCUCUGUUUUCAUGAGUCGUCAAUCCCAAACUCAGACCACGCGUUCUUGGGAUUACAUUGGCUUAUCCUUACAAGUUUCUCGAAAUCCAGUUGUUGAGAGUGACAUCAUAAUUGGACACCUUGAUAGCGGUGUGCUACCCGAGUCACAUAGUUUCUCUGACCAAGGUUUAGGCCCUAUUCCUCAAAAAUGGAAAGGUUCAUGUCUUGGUGGAAAAAACUUCACUUGCAAUAAAAAGUUGAUUGGAGCAAGAUUCUACAACUUUGACGAUGACUCAGCAGUAGAUUUAGAUGGUCAUGGGACUCACACAGCCUCUACCGCGGUUGGAAGGGAAGUGGAAAAGGCCAAUUUUUUUGGAAUAGCAAAUGGAACUACUAGAGGAGGUGUCUCAUCAUCAAGGCUAGCUACAUACAAAGUGUGUAGAUUUACAACAUGUCUUGACCAUGAUAUAUUGGCCGGAUUUGAUGAUGCCAUUGCCGAUAAUGUUGACAUUAUCACUAUCUCAAUUAACUCUGAGUUUUCUCAAAACAUUAGUGAUAGUGUUGUUGCCAUUGGCUCGUUUCAUGCAAUGGAGAAAAACAUUUUAACAGUAAAUUCUGCGGGAAACAAUGGAAUGUCAGGACUUGGAACAACAGUCAGUAUUGCACCAUGGGUAUUCACAGUGGGAGCUAGUGCAGAUAGAUUAAUCAACAACAAACUUGUCCUUCAAAAUGACCGCACACUCAUGAGCACAUCGGUGAAUGCUUUCGACAUGAGAAACUACAAGAAAUUAGUAUAUGGUACAAGUUUGAGUUCUCUUUGUGAUGAAUCAAUUGCAGAGCAAUGCAUAUUUGAAUGCAUAGAUCCUCUUUUGGUAAAAGGAAACAUCAUGGUUUGUGAUAUUGGUGAUGCUACAAGCUUAGAUGUCUUCUCAACCGCGGAAAGUGUUGGUGCAAGUGGUGUUAUUCUUCGAAUGGGUGAAUCAAUAAUACAUGGUCCUAGAAUCGUUCCACUACCCACCGCGAUACUGAAUGACGAUGACUUUAAUUAUGUUAAAUCUUACCUUAAAUCCAAAAAAGUUCAUUCAGCACGCAUAAUGAAAAGUGAGAUUCUUCCAAAUCAAGCUCCUACGCCUGAUAUAAGUGCACCUGGAACAAAUAUUUUAGCGGCAUUUCUUCCAUCAAAGAAUCCUUCAUUCUACAUAUCAAAUUCUAAAACAUUCAAGACUAAUUACACAUUCAUGAGUGGAACUUCUAUGUCGUGUCCACAUGUUGCUGGUGCAGUUGCUUAUGUGAAAUCAAAACAACCUAAUUGGUCUGCUUCUGCUAUCAAAUCCUCUAUUAUGACUACUGCUCGGGACAUGAACUUCGAUUACAAUUUAGAUGCUGAACUUGGUUACGGGGCAGGAUACCUAGAUCCAGUGGAAGCCGUAAAUGCUGGACUCGUGUACGAGACAUACAUAGAAGACUACUUUAAAAUGUUUUGUGGUUUAGGUUCCGAAGGAGAUAAGUUGACAAUGAUGUUUAAAGGAAAAACAAAGUGUACAAAUGGGACCGGAAUGUCUCCAAAAGAUCUCAAUUACCCAGCAAUGACAUCAUCCGUGUUUGAGAACUCAAAUUUCACUAUUACAUUCUCAAGAGUUGUAACAAAUGUUGGACUUCCAAACUCCACAUAUCAGGUAAAAAUCAAUAUGGAGAAUAACAUGGUUGAUGUUAAUGUGGAGCCAAACGUUCUCUCUUUCACUAAUCUGAAUGAGAGAAAAUCUUUUAUAGUAACAGUUAGUGGAAAAUGGUUAAAUCAAGAUCAUGUUUCUUGUUCUUUAAUCUGGUCUGAUGGUACACAUAGGGUUAGAAGUCCUAUUUUCUUGUAUCGAUCAUCAAUUGUUUAA